GGUGCAUUUUCAUGGGCAGCACCUGUCAAGCUUGUAAAUGCUUGUAAACAAAAAACAAAUGAUUCCUAACCGAAAAACAUUUUCACCCAACAAUUGGGAGACGAAUAAUUAAUUAAUUAUGACAGUUGAGGGAAUAAGUAGUAAUGAUCAGGUGAUUUUUGCAACUGGAGGGUAUGAUCACACGAUUAAAAUAUGGCAGGCACACACUGGUGUCUGUCAACGAACAGUUCAGCAUACAGUUUCGCAAGUAAAUGCCUUGGAUAUAACUCCAGAUAAACAUGUGAUAGCGGCUGCUGGGUAUCAGAAUAUUUUUAUGCAUGAUUUGGCCUCGAGUAAUCCAAAUUCAGUUCUGAAUUACGAGGGAGCAUCCAAAAAUGUCACGAGCCUCGGAUUUCAGGAAGAUGGAAAGUGGAUGUACACUGGAAGUGAGGACUUGUCAGCAAGAAUCUGGGACCUCCGAGCCAGCAAUUUCCAGUGCCAGAGAAUAUUUCAGGUGUCAGCUCCUGUCAAUUGUGUAUCUUUACAUCCGAAUCAGUCUGAAUUAAUUGUUGGAGAUCAGAGUGGAAUUGUUCAUCUAUGGGAUUUACGUUCUGAUCACAACGAACAAUUGAUUCCAGAGGCCGAGGCAUCUAUCCAAGAUAUAUCGACAGAUCCAGAUGGAACGUACAUGGCAGCAGUGAAUAAUAAAGGAAAUUGUUACGUGUGGUCCCUCAGUGGUGGAGUUGGUGAAGAACCAACGAAACUCAACCCCAGGCACAAAAUAUUGGCGCACAAACGUUAUGCAUUGCGCUGCAAAUUCAGUCCUGACUCGACACUCCUGGUGACGACGUCAGCUGAUCAGACAGCUAGGGUGUGGAAAACAUCAGAUUUUUCGGAGACCCAGGUGUUCCAGCAUGAAUCCAAGAGAUGGGUGUGGGAUGCAGCUUUUUCUGCCGACUCUCAGUACAUUUUCACUGCAUCUUCUGACGGCGUGGCUCGCCUCUGGAACGUCUCCACAGGAAAAAUCGAGAGGGAGUAUCAGGGACACCAGAAAGCCCUGACAGCCCUAGCCUUCAGAGACCAAAUUGUACCUCUCCCGUAAAAAAAUCAUAAACAAUUCAAAUA